AUGGGCCCACGCAUGCACAUGUUGCAUCCCUGUCAUAUGCAUGUUUUCCCACUCGUGCAUGGUCCGCGGAGGCACGCAUCGAGGUCCCUGUGCGUCCUCGUCCAGCUCUUCUUCAACCCCUACACGCGCACUAGUUUCCAGCACCCAGUUGGGCCGCACGCGUCUUGGUGCACGUCGCCCUGCGAGGGCGGCUUCGCCACCUUCGGGGAGAACGGCGGCCCAGAUGAUGGUGACGACGGGCGCGCCAACCUGAGGAGCUGCGGCGACAUCAACCCAGGCGCCCUGCGCCGGAUCAAGGAGGACGGCGAGGGAAAGCUGUCCCUCAAGGCGGGUGACCAGGCCUCGAGCAGUGCGGCCUCAAGCAGGUCCGCGUCGCCGUGCAAGGACCCGCCCCGGAUGACCGAGUCCCGGUCGGACAAGUUCCACGAGAGGCCCAGCGACGGCGCGGUCGGGGGCCUCCGUGGGCCCGACGGCUCUUCGUGGCAGGGCGGCAGGGCCGUCAGCCGGAUGGAUCCCCUACGAGCCUCAUUGUCCUGCAUGUGCGCCCCCUCAGGCGGCGAUUCCCUCUACUGCGACUCUACGGCGUCUGCCCCUAGUGACGACGGGACCAUGACGUCAAACGUCGGCACCCUGCAGUGGAUGUCGCCAGAGCUCAUGUCAGGGGACACCAACUACUCCGUCAAGGUUGACGUGUACGCCUAUGGCAUGCUGCUCUACGAGGCGCGCUGGGCGCCGCCGGGGCUUCCGUCGUCGUGGGCGGCGGCCUGCAGCGGGCGCCGAUGGGCGUGGGGCCCGCCCCGGGGCCG